AGAAAUUUCGUUCAAUAUAAUAAAAAAAAAAAACAUGAAAAAGCAGAUUGUAAAAGAGUUUAUUACGGUGAAAAAGGUGCGACGUCUGCCGCCAAAGGAACCUGCAGCACCGCCGCCAAUACCACGACGUAUACUGGUCGUAGGUCGCUGUGCGCUCGACAUGAUUACGGUCUGUGAUGAGCAUCCCAUACCCGGAAAGUUGCAGCGCACCGAAGAGGGUUUCUGGCGUCUUGGCGGUCAUGCUGCAAAUACAUGUUGUGUUCUGCGACGUCUGGGCACAGACUGUGAGUUCCUUGGUCAACUGAGUAGCAUCAGUGCGUUUGAGAGCCUCUCGUCCAGCUUUAAUGCACUGGGAGUUGACAUCUCCAGCUGUCCGCGAAUGCCGCUGGAGCCACCUCAUCAAAGCAUUGUUAUCGUACGUGGUCAGGGCACACGAACUACAGUCGAGUACUCGAAUCGUAAACACGAGCUGACCUAUCAACAGUUCAUGGGCGCCGUCGACUAUAGAAAGUAUUCUUGGAUUCACUUCGAGGCACGUAAUCUCAGGGAUACAUUGCGCAUGAUGCAAGCUGUGCGGGAUUACAAUUCACGCAAUGAGGAAGCCAACAUUCUUGUGUCCUUUGGCUUGGUCAAUUUACGUGCAAUAAGCCUGCUCCUCGCCGACAUGGCGGACUAUGUGCUCGUGCAGAAACAGGUUUUGACAACAUACGCCUAUAUGAAUGGUCGUGAGACAGUUUGGGCAGUGCGGGAUCGUAUGGAGGUUGCACACAAACGCUGGCUGGCAAAUCAACCCAAAAAAACACCAAAUCCAAAUAAAGAUGCGACACCGUUGGAUGAAAACAAUUGCACACUUCCAGUGCAAAAAAGACCCAUCAUUAUAUAUGAGAACUAUGAAGAGGGCGCCAGUUGUUUGUUGUCCGAUAACACAUACUUUAAAGUGGGCGGUCAUCAGCCUCAAAAGAUUGUGGACACCAUUGGUGAGCACGACACCUUCGUUGGCGCUUUCAUCUAUGCCAUGCAACAGGUUAAACUCUCCCUGCGCGAUGCUAUGGAAUAUGCAACUCGAGCAACUUGCCACAAAAUAUCAGAGAUUGGUUUCGAUUGCUUGCGCUGCAUGCCCAAGGAUCUGAUCAGCUGCUACUAUGCAUGAUGUUAAAUACCGAGUAUGAAUGAGCAAUUACUAUUUUCAAAUAUUUUAAAUUAUUAUAUGUUCUUAAAA